AUUUCAAAGGCUCUGGCUAAAGCUAAAUCCUGCAUGGAAAAGUUUGCACAAAACCUGGCUUCUGUCUGUGGUCUAUAUAAGGCAGCUACAGUACGCCCAAAAACUCUCUAGAUCUCAGCCCGGCAAGAGAUUUGGAGCGUUCUUGCUCCUCCAUCCAUUAUGAUCUCUUGGGUAGCCAUCUACCAUGUUCUUGAAGCGACAACACCAUUGUAUGUAGCCAUGAUACUAGCCUACCUAUCCAUAAAAUGGUGGAAGUUGUUCACUCCAGAGCAGUGCUCUGGGAUCAACAAGUUCGUGGCCAACUUCUCCAUCCCUCUUCUCUCUUUCCAGGUCAUCUCCACAAACAAUCCUUACGACAUGAACCUCAAGCUCAUAUUCGCAGACAUCCUACAGAAGUCGAUCGCCUUGCUGGGGUUUGCAGCCAUAUCUAGAGCAUGUUGUGCGGAGAAGUUUGAUUGGCUCAUUACAGGUUUCUCUUUGUCGACACUGCCCAAUACGCUGAUUGUCGGUAUCCCAUUGCUGAAAGGAAUGUAUGGUGAUGAAGCUGUCAAGCUGAUAAGUCAGAUAGUUGUCCUACAGAGCCUAAUUUGGUACACACUUCUUCUCUUUCUGCUUGAAUUCCGAGCCGCCAAAGGAAUAGCUGCCGCACCAUCAUCUGAAAUUGUAGAUGAGGAAGAAGCAGGUACUCUAGGAGCUACACAACAGACAUACCAAGAGGGCCAGUCAAAAGGUGUAUCAGCAAGAUGUUCUAGGGCCUUCCGCUUUUUGUUGGUGAUUGGGAUGAAGUUAGUGAUGAAUCCGAACAUUUACGCAUGCCUGAUCGGUCUAAUUUGGGCACUGAUUAGCUUCAGGUGGCAAAUACAGUUACCCUUGAUCGUUAGUAACUCCAUAAGGAUACUCUCAGACGGAGGGCUGGGAAUGGCAAUGUUCAGCCUAGGUCUUUUCACAGCUCUACAAACAAAAAUUAUAGCCUGCGGAACUAAGAAGAUGCUAGUGUCACUAGGCAUCAGGUUCUUUCUAGGACCAGCCCUGAUGAUGAUCUCUUCCUAUGCUGUUGGGAUGCGUGGAAUCUUGCUCAAGGUGGCCAUUGUGCAGGCAGCAUUACCUCAAGGAGUAGUGCCAUUUGUAUUUGCGAAGGAGUAUAAUGUGCAUGCAGAUAUUUUAAGCACUGCGAUAAUUGUUGGUAUGAUGGUUGCAGUUCCUGCCGCCCUAGCUUACUACUUUGUUAUCUAACCUAUGAACACUUAAAUCUUAGUCACUCAAAUAUGUUUAUUCGGCCAAACAAUAGCAGGGCAGCGUAGUGUAAAGGGCAAAUUCAGCCAUGGGUGUGAAUAUUUUGCCAGGCUGUAAAUAUUUGUGCUGUGGACUUGGAUCGUGUGGUGUGGUGACCCGACAUAAAGAUAAGAUAUGUUU